CAUCUACCCAUUCUUUCCAAAGAUAUAACCUGCUUCUAGAGUAUCCAUUACACGGAAGCUUACAUUUUAUUUGCAGAGAAGGCUUGAACAAUUUCAUCUGCCCAUUCUUUACAAAGAUAUAAACUGCUUCUAGAUUGCUUUAAAAGAAAAAGAGAACAGACAGUGAGACAACUGCAGGGGUGAACCAUGAAUUACAUCAUAGCACUGAUAUGUCUUCUUACAUCACAGCUUCAUGAAGGUGUUUGCUGGAACAGUGAAGGAACUGAAUUUAUUACUGCGUUCAUGCAAAGCUUAACAACUUCUAUGACAAUUCCAGACUUCCGCCUUGCUAUCACCGCUUUGCAACCAUCAACAACUGUCAGGGUUAUCAUUUAUAACAGAAGUUCUGAGAUAAUUCGUUCACUUGAAGAACAAGUAACUAUCACAGUUCCUAUUCCAACCAAUACUGAACUUCAGGGAACUGUACUAUCUUCACGCAACACAAUCAUAGUCAGAUCUGACAAACCUGUCACUGUAGUGUCAUACAACUAUAAAUCGUGCACAGCUGAUUCUGCUACCAUUUUCCCAGUGAAUACUCUUGGCACCGAAUACUACAUCUUUGCACCAAUAAAGAGUAUUGGUUCACCAGAGUUCACAGUUAUUAACUACAAUCAAACAAAUGAAAUACAUGUUAUGCUAACAGGAUUUGUCACUUACAAUGGAACAAAUUAUCGGUCAGGAGAUAAUGUAACGAUUAUACUGUCUGCCUUUGAGGCUGUUCAGUUACAAAGCAAUGUCAGUUUAACUGGCACUAGAAUUAUGUCUCAAUACCCUAUUGCAGUGGUGUCUGGUAAUAACUGUGAUAAAUACUAUACAUAUUGUGAUCUUCUGUUUGAACAGUUAAUUCCAUUAAAGGACUGGGGUAAAACAUUCUUAGUAUCUUCAUUAGCUGUUCAAAACUAUAAUGAUACCGUCACAAUUAUUGCUUCACAAACAACAGAAAUACAAUAUACCACUGGAGGGAUGAGCAGCAACAUUAUUCUUCAAAAAGGGAACUACUCAGAAAUCAUUUUGCUUCCAAAUUAUUCCUUAGUUAUCACUGCCACUCAACCAGUUAUGGUAAUGUACACAUUCGUAGGAGGGGAAUACAAUGGAAGUUUAUUUGAUCCAUUCAUAAUGAAUAUCAUUCCAUCUGAAUCAUUUUCCAACUUCUAUAUUAUUAAUACAGAAAUUCAUGUAAAUAACUAUGUCCGUGUGAUCGCUAAAAACUCAGUACUAUUGGAAAGUUUUAGUGGCAAUAAUACGGUCUUAAAUACAUCCAAAUGGAAUUUUAUGACUGGGACAGAGUAUGCAUGGACAAAUAUUGUAAUAGGUUCAGAUAACAAGAAUUUUACUCUGCAACAAUGCUCACCAUUUGCUGCUUACAUCUAUGGUAUAAAGCACUGCAUAGGUAUUGGAACAACUGCACCAGCAGUGAACAGGACCCCUCAUUGUGCAGACUUUAAUGUGGAUGUCGCUGUGACAGUAACAUCUCUGGCUAAUGGUUCUAUACAGGUUAAUUGGACUAAGAAUGCCUGUGCUGACAGCUACCUUCUUCAGCUUUUCUUGGCAAAUAAUUUGUCUCUGUUAGAAGAGAAAAUUGUUAAUGGAAGCUCAUUUUUAUUCAUUGGACCUUACAAUCAUUCGCUCUAUAAUUUAAGAGUUCGGCCUAUGCUUGCAGGUGAAACAUGCCUUCCACAAGAAGAACAGUUUAUACAUUUGGGAAAAAGAACCACUGUCAUUGCACAAGCUUUUGUGGAUGUAAUUGGAAGAAACUUAAUUGAUCCCGCCGCUAUUGCAAAGGCACUGGAAAAUAAAACAUACUUCUUGUUAAAUGCCCUGUCUCCAUAUAUAAAAGUAAGAGUGAAGCCAGCAAAUUAAUAUUAUUGGACAGAACUGUCGACUCUUGAAGCCAAAGUUACUGUGAUCAUACCAAUUUCAUCAAAGUUAUAGCAAUGUUAAUGAAAAAAUAUAGAAGUAUUUUUAGAAAUAAUUUCUGGUGUGUUUUGGUAUAACCUACUUAUAUGCUCAUACAAUUAAGCUGAUGUCAUAUUUAAUAACUUCAAAAUGAAGCCUUGACUGGGCUUUUUACAAUAUUUUGUAUGUACAUGUUCAUUAAUAAUGAGAACAUUUAGAAUUAUUUAAAAUAACUGAAUAAUUGUUUAUUAGUAAUGAGAAGAUAAUUUAGCAUAAAUAAAUAAAUGCUCAUGAGACUGAAAAUGGUUAAAAACAUGUUCUAAUAAUUUGCCAUUUUUAUAUUUUAUUGGACUUUGGAGAAAAAUAGAGGUGGUAAUGGGUGAGUGUAUUAUUUAUGUUUCUCUAAAAAGCAGUACGAUUUAUGUAUGUAUGUAAACACAAUAACACACACACACACACACAAUCUACCCCCCUCUCUCUCUCUAUAUGUG